ACGUUCCUGGAGUGGGGAGCAGACUCCGGACAGGAUGUGAGAGAGGAACUGGGGUCUCCAGUCACGGGAGCCAGCUGGGGCUGCAGGCAGCAAGGGAUCGUGGCUGCGGUCGCCCUCUCAGGAUGCGGGUCCCCCAGCCUCAGCCCUGGGGGCUCUGUUUCCUGCUCUUCCUCCUGCCCGGGACCCUGCGCGCAGACGGCCGUCGCUCCCUGCUGUACCACUUCACCGCUGUGUCCUCCCCGGACCCGGGCACUCCUGCCUUCUGGGUGUCGGGCUGGCUGGGUCCACAGCAGUACCUGAGCUACAAUAACCUGCGGCCCCAGGCUGAGCCCUACGGAGCUUGGGUCUGGGAAAACCAGGUGUCCUGGUAUUGGGAGAGAGAGACGACAGACCUGAGGAACAAGGAGAAGCUCUUCCUCGAAGCCGUCAGAGUCUUGGGGAACGGAAGUUCCUACACCUUGCAGGGCCUCCUGGGCUGUGAGUUGGGCCCUGACAAUGCCUCCGUGCCCGUGGCCACGUUUGCUCUGAAUGGCGAGGAGUUCAUGACGUUUGACCCCAAGACGGGCAUCUGGGAUGGAGACUGGCCGGAGGUGAGGACCAUCCGCGCGAAGUGGAUGCAGCACCCGGAGACUGUGAACAAGGAGAAGACCUUCCUGCUGUACUCCUGCCCCCAGCGGCUGCUGGACCACCUGGACAGGGGCCGCGGGAACCUGGAGUGGAAGGAGCCGCCCUCCAUGCGCCUGAAGGCCCGGCCAGGCAGCCCCGGCUUUUCCGUCCUCACCUGCAGCGCCUUCUCCUUCUACCCGCCCGAGCUCCAGCUGCGAUUCAUCAGGAACGGGCUGGCUGUUGGCUCCGGUGACAGCGGGCUCGGCCCCAACGGCGACGGCUCCUUCCACGCCUGGUCCUCCCUGACCGUCAAGAGUGGGGACGAGCACCACUACCACUGUGUGGUGCAGCACGCGGGGCUGCCGCAGCCCCUCAUUGUGGACGUGGAAUCAACAGCCAAGUCCUCAAUAUCAGUGGUUGGAAUCGUCAUCGGCCUCUUACUGCUCACGGCAGUGGCUGCAGGAGGUGCUCUGCUGUGGUGGAGGAUGAGGAAGGGGCUUCCAGCCCCCUGGAUCUCUCUCCGUGGGGACGAUGGAGGGGCCCUCCUGCCCACUCCAGGCCUGUCCAAGGAUGCUGACUCUUAGGAUAUGAAAGCAUUCUCAGCAACCGCCGGAUCCUCCCCCGUCCUGGCUGCCACUAGCUAACGCAGCCAAGGUCCCUUUCAUGCUGUGAGACACCCUGGAAUCCUGGUAUUUCCGAGGCUCUCGAAGGAGUCCUGGGCCCGGUUUCCUACCUCCGGAUUGUUCCUCCUGUGGUCUGCCUCAGUUUCCCCUCCUAAAAUAUACGGCUCCCUUCCACCUCCACAUAUAACAAGAAUUUGGGCCGGCA